CAUAUCGCCUUUGUUAAGUGGUUUUAUCGUUUUUUCCCCCUUCCUCCUCUCCACUCUCUGCUAUUAUUAUAAAUAACAAAAUGCUGGAUUAAUCGGGGAUCACAAAAAAUGGCUUUAGGCGUUCUUCUAAAAAAAAUUAAGGUGAGAAGGUUUGCUACAAGGGGUAUAAAGGACAAGGAGCCAUUGAAGAACAAUAGAUGGAUAGGAAUCUCUCAUGGGUUUUAUUCAGUCGAGAGGGAUGGUAACUCCGAAGGCUCCGUGCUCGCGCAAAGGGAACAAAUAGAAGGCUUAGAGUUAUGGUUGUUUGGAGCCUUUGAUCAGCAAAUAGGCGGUGGGAUCACAAAAUAUCUGCAAUCUCAUCUCUUUCAGAAGAAUCUUAAUGAGAUCCAGAUAAGAAGAAAAGCCAAAGAAAUCAUGAGGAAGGCCUAUAUCAAUUCCAGGGCAAAUGUGCACAAAGGAGAGGGUGCAAAUGAAGUUGCAGGGUCCACAACUUUGCUUGUUAUGAAUGGUAAGAAAUUUAUAGCAGCAGAUUUUGGCGGAUACAAAGUUGUGGUCUGUAAGGACGGUGCGGCGACGCAGAUUGGUCGAAGAAACAAAAAGAAGAAAGGAAGAUCUUUUAUAUCAGGUUUGCUGCAAUUGAAGUGCGUCACAAAUAGCGAAGAAUACAAGCUCGGGAAGAAGUCGAGGCUUGCUAUCACUGUACAGGACGUAGAAUCCGAUACCAACUUCAUUAUACUAGCUAGUGAUGGUGUAUGGGAGGUUAUGAGAUACCAGGAAGCUGUGGACUUGAUAGGCCACAUUGAUGAUGCUCAAAAGGCGGCGGAGUGCUUGGCGGGGGAGGCUCUCACUAGAAUGAGUAAAGCUACCAUCUCCUGCAUUGUCAUCCGUUUUCACUAACGAAUAAAGUUUUUCUUCGUUAUUAUACUUGCACCCUUAUGAUAGCAUAUUGCUUGUAAAGAAUAUUUACCUGCGUAAAGAGCCUUACGUAUUUAACUUUA